AUGACCGGCCAAGCAAUUGAUCCUCCCCCCAGCCUCCCUGUGCCGAAUCAACAAGUGCAUGCACCGGGCGUCUACUUGCUACACCCCCUGUCACGCCUCGGCACGGGUCCUGGUAUGAUCAUACUGACUUCUGGGAGAGACCUCGGAGGUGUGCGUCUAGACGAUGGAGUCCCCUCACCGUUCCUCAAAUGGGCUGAAGAAGGUUACGCGGUGGCGGCAGUAUGCUUAGGUGCCUUGGAGGGUGAACAAGAUGGCAUAUCCUCUGCCCUCGAAGCGUUGUUAAGCUGCGACAACUGCCAGCCCAAGGGGAAAGUUGGACUUAUCGCAUACGACCCCGACGCAUGGCUGAAGGUCGCUGCAUCAGCGCACGCUCACCAGGAGGUUGUCGGAGUGGUGGUAUAUGGGAAUGUGGAUUCGCCGAUUCCCAAACCAGUCUUCCCAAUGCUUCAGCACUUGGCUGGAGCGUCCGCGACAGCAAAAUUGGUAUCCAAAACCGAGAAUUGCCAGGCGUAUGGAUACGCAGCUGUCAGUACAUAUCAGUUUGCCACCCCUUUCCAGCCGGCGUUCGACUACACCGCCGAGUCUGUAUCACACACACGGAACCUGAGCUUCCUGAAACCUCUAAUGGGAGCUCCAUAUUUUGAUUUAGAGGCCAUUUGGGAAGAACAUACGUAUCAUGAGUUUGAGACGCGCUCUGUACCUCAUACGAUGGCGACCAUGGUGCAAGAGCCGUAUGUGAAUCAUAUUCCCACGUUAACGGGAGGAAUUGGAAGGGAUCGCCUCUCAUACUUCUACCAGAACCACUUUGUUUUCAAUAACCCUGAAGACGCGGAACUUGAGCUUAUCAGCCGGACGGUGGGUAUUGAUCGUGUCAUUGAUGAGUUUAUAUACAAGUUCACGCACGACACCCAGAUUGACUGGCUGCUUCCUGGCAUCCCACCCACCGGUCGCAAAUUAGAAAUACCGUUUACGGCAGUUGUCAACAUAAGGGGUGACCGGCUGUACCACGAGCACAUUGCGUGGGAUCAACUCACUGCUCUGAUUCAGUUAGGGCUCAUGCCAGAAUAUCUUCCCUGGACACACCCCGCACCUACGGGUGUGCAUAUGGGCACCAAGACGAAGCUUGAGUAUCGAGUACCAGGGACUGGGCGCGACACAGCCAAGAAAAUGAGGGAUAGGAAUUCUGUGGAAUCAAAUAGAAUGUUUGGGCACUCAAUUCGGGAAGUGGACUCGGUUCAACCGACGGUGUCCCCCCAAACUUGCUUAACGGAAGUGUUCUGA